GCCGAUUGUCUGCUGAUGAACAGGCUAACCACCUGCCCAAUUAUAUUGCAGGAUGUGAUCGUAUUUGACACUUAGCGGUUGGUUUGCGAAAUUCAGUGUCUAUACGCAACAGCUUUAUUUGGAUAAAGUCUGAAGAUUUAGGUUAGAUGCAUAUACUUUUCAAUUAGCUUAUCUUAAUGGCAUUAGGCUAGCGUGCAGCAGUUUAUUUUUCAUUAUUAAUCAUGUCACAUCAAGAACUGAAUCCCUCUAUUAGUCUACAUAAAUACUAAAAUCACAUGCAUACAAUAAAAGACAUCACUUUCAUCCCUGACAAUAGGUAGUCUAUGGUAGAGCAAAAUACGUCUUUGUCACACUUAAGGACUAGAUAUAAUGCUUCUUAUCAUAAUGUAUGCCUAUAAAGCCAUCUGACGCUCACAUAUCUGUGAGGUAAAUGAAGUUGUUCUUUAGCCUUUCUUAAAUCUAUCAAAAUAAAGUGAUAUGUUUGCCUAAUCGUGUGUGUGACUAGAUGUCUUACUACAUUUCAUUUCAUUAUAGGCUUUAUAUCUUGGUGUGUUCUAGGGCUAGGCUACUGUUUUUUUUUUCUUGAAACAAAUGAGAAUUUGGCGACAGGCUGUGUCAUGACAGCCAAUUAUUCGUCAAAAGUGCUACAACGUAGUUGGCUGAAGCCUUAAAUCAUGGCCUCCCAUUUGUCUUUUUGCGCCACCUUGUGGAAGACAAUCGGUCCUACAGAGCGCCGUGGAAUACAAGUAGCUGGCGACGCAGUUCAGGCAUUUCAUUCUGUCAAUCCAGGACCAGAGGCAUUCAGUUGUAAGGACACGAGGAAAAGACCCAGGCAGAGACAUCGACCAUUUAUAGCGCAAUUUAGAGUUACCUGCGCAAAAUGGCUUCAAGGACACCUGCGUUACUAUUCCGCCUAAAGGCGAGCUUUAUUCUACUUUUGGGAAGUUUGUUAACCGAAGCUGCCCAAGAGCAAGGAAGUUUGUACAUGUGGAUCGAUGCAAACCAGGCUAGGACACUAAUUGGUUUUGAAGAGGAUAUUUUAAUUGUGUCAGAGGCAAAAAUGGCCCCAUUCACUCACGACUUCAAAAAAGCACAGCAGCGGAUGCCCGCAAUUCCUGUCAAUAUACACCACGUGAACUUCACCUGGCAAGCAACAGGGCAGGCAGAGUACUUUUAUGAGUUCCAGACCCUUCGCUCUCUGGAUAAAGACAUCAUGGAUGACCCAAUAGUCAAUGUUCCUUUACUUGGCUCCGUGGCCCACAAGGCCUCAGUGGUUCAGGUGGGCUUUCCCUGCCGAGGUGAUCAGGAUGGUGUGGCCGCCUUUGAAGUCACCAUACUGAUCAUGGAUGGUGGUGGAAACAUCAUCCUAAGGACCCCACAGAAUGCCAUCUUUUUCAAGACCUGCCAGAGAGCAAAGUGUCCUGGCGGGUGUCGCAAUGGAGGCUUCUGCAAUGAAAGGCACGUCUGUGAAUGCCAAGAUGGUUUCUAUGGACCGCACUGUGAGAAAGCCCUGUGUUCCCCAAGAUGCCUUAACGGAGGCCUGUGCAUGAGCCCUGGGGUGUGCAUAUGUCCCCCCGGCUACUAUGGUGCCAGCUGUGACAAAGCUAACUGCAGCACCACCUGCCUGAACGGGGGGACCUGCUUUCACCCGGGAAAGUGCAUUUGCCCUGCAGGCUAUGAGGGAAGUCGUUGUGAAAACAGUAAAUGUCACCAGCAGUGCAGAAAUGGAGGCAAGUGUAUGGGAAAGAACAAGUGUAAAUGUAACAAAGGAUUCCAUGGUGAUCUUUGCUCCACAGCUGUCUGUGAGCCCAGCUGCGGAGCACACGGGACCUGUGCGGAGCCCAACAGGUGCCAGUGUAAGGAAGGCUGGCACGGACGUCACUGCAACAAGAGAUACCGAGGUGGUGCAGCCAACAGUCACCGACCAUCCAGCCCCAAGAUGAGGCCGCAUGUGGUCUCAACCAAGGAAGCCAAGGACACCACUGAUGCUAGUCAGCCUGCUGAGACCAAUUAUGUAGUAUGAGAAUUUCAACUUGGUGCUACUGAUGUCCAUGCCACACACACACACACACACACACGCACACACACAGACACAGAGAGAGAGAGAGAGAGAGAGAAAGAGAGACACAUGCACACACACACACACACCCUCACACUCCUUGAAACAGCCGCGCCCAUUGUAAGGAUUCACCAUUACCAUGGUGAUGCCAGUCUGAGUCAUAGGCACCCUGUGGGAUGUUGGACUACUGCCUCUUACCAUAAACCAUGCAGAGGGCCAGUCUUUCAUCUCGCUCUCUUAGCUUUCCCCCUUCAUUUAUGGUAAAUCCAUCUGAAAAGAGUUAGGACAUUCCCGUGCAGGUGCUGCUUUGAGACUAGUAGGGAGUUUCCUCGGGGCCUCCAAACACAGCUUGUACUGGGCGAAAGCUAAGUAGGACUUACUCACUGCUGCUAUUUUCUGUGUCUUCAUCCCUUGUGAUGUUUGUUUCCCUUGAGUCUGUUUUCGGUAGAGUUUCGGAAGUGAAUACGGAGGCAAUGGAACAUAUUACUUUUCAAAAGCAUUCCUUGGCGAAGACUUUUUGUCGAGUGAUCAUAACAAUUACAACUGACUGUGUAUGACUGAGAGGUCUGUGUCUUCACAAGCUCUGUUUACCUUUCUUUUGAAGAGUCAGAGAUGGCAUAGAAUGGAGAAUAUUACGGUGCAAACUUAUAUUUGAAGAUUAAACAAAAACAAAAAAGCCCUGCAGAAAUUGAAUCCAUUCCUAAAAUGACUGACAUACGGUAGUCACUCUUUCUGUGGCCUUAAGCCUUUUCACCUAGUAUUAAAAUACUUUAAAGAGAAGCGACGUACAUACAAGGCAGAGGUGAAGAAUUUAGUUACCUGUUGCUAUUACAAAGCUACUUUGGCAGCCAUUAGUCAUUACAUCCUACUGGGUGAACCUGAUUGGAUUUCUGUAAUCUUUCUUAGAAACCUCAACUCACAUAGACACCAGUCACUUACACUGGCAAACACUGAUUACGCAACUGCCUUCAUUUUUGGUUCAAAUACUGUAGCUUGUUAAGUCUAUAUUUGUCCAGUCAGAGUAUUUAUCUUUUCAUAUAAUUUUAUGUGAAACUGAAAUAUAUCUUGAUAGUUACAUAUUAGAGGACAGUGAAGAAGUACUUUGCUUACAUUAUAGUUUCAGAUCAUAAACUUGUAGUACACAAAUCUUAACAUUUUAUAUUUUCAUUUCACUGUAAUUAAUGUAUAAUUGAAAUAAAUGAUUGUUAAUGCUAA